AUGAUAUGGCAUGCUUUUCGAGCACAUAACAUUCCUGAAGAACUAGUAACCUGGGUGAAAAUACUCUACCAAAAUACAACUAGCAAAGUAAAAACUACGGCAGGCAUAUCAGACAGCUUCCCUAUCACAAUAGGUGUCCAUCAAGGAUCAGUUUUAUCACCACUAUUAUUCAUCCUAGUGAUGAAUUGUAUCCUGAAAGGAAACCCCCAACCAGCCCCAUGGACUUUACUACAUGCAGAUGACAUAAUGGUAGCAGACCAAAGUAAAUCAUCCCUUGAAAUAAAAGUACAAUCUUGGAAAAACCUGCUACAGAAAUAUGGACUAGGACUGAAUAUUAAAAAGACCGAAUUCCUCAGCACAGACUCAACAGAAGGGCCAACUCAUAUAGAUGGUAUUAAACUAAAGAAAUGCGAAGAUUUCAAAUACUUAAGAUCUAUUAUAUCUUCAAAUGUUGAACUUGCAAAAGAGAUUAACAACCGAAUAUCCAGCUGUUGGAAUAAAUAG